CGGCUCUUGAAAACAGUGCAGCAUGCGACCCUCCCAGUUGGCGUUUGUGCCGAGUUUGCUGUUGUGGGUAGCGGCCGCAGUGAAGGCAGAGGACGUGCUGGUGACUGUGGAGCAGGGUACCCUCCGGGGGAAGACGGCCACCGGCGUCUACAACACGUCCUACACGGCCUUCCUGGGCAUCCCGUUCGCUGUGCCACCGCUCGGAGAGCUGCGAUUCAAGGCACCGCAGCCAGCAGGAAGCUGGGAGGGCGUCCUGAACGCCACGGAGUACGGCAGCGACUGCGUGCAGGAGGACGGCAGCGGCUCUGAGGACUGCCUCUUCCUUAACGUCUUCGUGCCGGGCGUGCCUCAAGAGGGGGCAGGGCUGCCCGUGCUCUUCUGGGUGCACGGCGGAGGGUUUAUGCGUGGCAGCGGUUCCGACUACGACUAUGGCCCCGACUUCCUCAUCUCGUACGACGUCAUAUUCGUCACCAUCAACUAUCGCCUCGGACCUCUCGGUUUCUUUAGCACUGGAGACGAAGUGGUCCCUGGCAACGCUGGCCUGAAGGACCAGCAGCUGGCCCUAGCCUGGGUGCAGAGUAACAUCGCCAGAUUCGGCGGAGACCCCCACCGAGUGAUGCUGUUCGGACAGAGCGCUGGGGGUGGCGCAGUCUCGCUGCAUCUCGUGUCCCCAGCAUCGGCAGGACUUUUCUCCCGACUGGUGGACCAGAGCGGCUCCUUUAUCGCCAGGAUGACCGUGGUUCAGGAUCCGCGCUACCACGCUUUCAGGCUGGGUGCCGUCCUUGGCUACGAAACGGAAGACUCCCAGCAGCUGGUGGAGUUCCUGCAGUCCGUCAACGCCACCGACCUUCUGGUGGACCAGAACCUGCUCAAGUCAGAUGAACAAAAACUUCUGCUAGCCUACAUGGUUUGGGCUCCCACUGUAGAGCCAGACUUAGAUGGAGCUUUCAUAACAGAAUCGCCGAUUCGAGCACUCAACGAAGGCCGGUUUAACCAGGUGCCAAUAAUGACAGGUGUAACGUCUGCUGAAAACGGGGGUGGAAUACUCAGCAAUGCUGACCAGAUUAAUAAUCUGAACGAAGCAUUUGAAGAAGCAGUCGGCCCGUGUCUUCACUUGCCUACAGCUGAAGAGCAAAGAGAAGCAGCCAUGAAAAUACGGAAUUUCUACUUUGGUGGCGCAAAUAUCACGGCAGAGAAUCCAGCGCCUUUGGUCUACAUGAACGAAGACUUAACGUUCUUCGAGCCUGCUGACGCUAUGGUUAGGAAAAUCGCUGAAAUUACUGAUUUGCCGGUCUACUACUACGAAUUUGACUAUCGUGGAGAAAACGUACCAGUAAGCGAGUGGGGCGUUGCACACGCUGGAGAGUUACAAUUCCUCUUCAUGCGGAAUGGCGUCGACGUUGAUUACAACCUUGAUCCGGAUUCAGAAGAGGAACAUGUACGCAGAAAUAUGCUACGGCUUUGGACCAAUUUUGGGAAAUAUGGGAACCCUACCCCUGAAGCGGAUCCUGUGAUCUGGCAGCCGUACGACCUGACCAAUCGCAGCUACCUGCUGAUGCAGGCCAACUUCACUCUGGAGGAAAACAGACUCGCAGAGCGUAUGGAUUUCUGGAACCAAAAUGUACCACUGCUUCCUUACCCUGGAACAUUUUGACGAAACGAGGACAUGAAGAAAUGAGGCUAAUUACUGGCAUCUGUUCUUAUUUUGAACUGACUAACAAUCUAAAAACGAAAUUUAAACGGAUGUAAAUAAAUAUUUAUGAAAUACAUUACUUUGAUGAGAACCUGUUA